ACCGCCAGGCUGCCCAUCAAAAAGGGCCUGCGCCGGAGGGGACGCUACCCAUUCGCGCCCAUCCGCUGACGGUUCGUGGUAGGCACCCGCUCCUUCGCUCAGUACUUCGCAGCCAUGCCCGCCAUUCUGUACAACCUGCCCGGCAGCCCACCCUGCGGCUUCGUACGCUCGCUCGCCAAGCACCUGGGCGUCGAGCUUACGCUCAAGGACCUGGACUUUGCGAAGAAGGAGCACCUCAGCGAGGAAUACCUCAAGAUCAACCCAUUCCACAAGGUGCCCACUCUCGUCGAAGAAGACGGCUUCAUUGUCUACGAAAGCAAUGCCAUUGCCUACCACCUCCUGCGCAAGUACGCUCCCGAGUCUGAUCUCUACCCUGAGUGCUACAAGGAGCGCGCACGCAUCGACCAGUGUCUCGCCGCUGUCGCCAGCACUAUCCAGCCGCAUCAACUGAUGUUCUUCCGUCCCCGCUUCUGGGAGAACAAGAAGCCAACUGAGGAAGAGGUCACCUCCUUCGAGGAAAACGUCCUCAAAGGUCUCCAAUAUCUCGUCACUGACAAGUUUGCCACCGGCGACAAGCUAACACUCGCUGACCUUUGCCUGGUCGCCAACCUGGCCAUCUCUCUCGAGAAUGGUUCCGCGGACGCCUCCAAGUUCCCCAAGCUGGCUGCCUACUAUGAGCGUGUGAAGCCCGAGCUUGCUUACUUCGAAGAAAUCUACAGGCCGUCUAUCACCUACCUUCAGCAGCGCUGGAGCGAGCUUAAGUGAAUUUAACAAAAAAGAAAUAGAAGAAAAUUAUUUGCGUGACUACUUACUUUGCCUACUGCCCAAUAAAGUCUAAUAUUUUUCUUU